AUGUCAAAUACUCCAAAUAAACAGUUGCCCUGCCAGGGAGAGAGUCAUGUUAACUGGAAGAAGAGAAAAGCUGGAGUUAAAGAAGCUCUCAAACAAAAGAAACAUGCCAAGACAGUGAAACAGUUGGAGAAGGAAAAACAGAAGGAAGAAGCUAAAAAAAAUGAAAUCUCUGAACAGACGCAAACAGACGCUGGUCGGCAGUACACCGUGAGCGUGGCUUUGCCUGGGUCAGUUCUGGACAACGCUCAGUCUGCAGAACUCCGCACGUACCUGGCUGGACAGAUCGCUCGAGCCUCGGUGGUCUUUUGUGUGGAUGAAAUCAUUGUUUUUGAUGAACAGGGAGAGGACGUGAAAAGUGUGGAAGGGGAAUUCAAAGGAGUUGGGAAGAAAGGACAAGCCUGUAUUCAGCUUGCCAGAAUACUUCAAUACCUCGAAUGCCCUCAAUAUCUCCGCAAGUGGUUCUUCCCUAAACACCAAGAUUUACAAUACGCAGGAUUACUCAACCCUCUCGACAGCCCUCACCACAUGAGGAUAGACGAGGAAUCUCAAUACAGAGAAGGAAUAGUUCUAGACCGACCGACUAAACAAGGAAAAGGCUCGUUCGUCAACUGUGGAAUGAGAAGAGAUGUUCGGAUUGAUAAACCGUUGCAGUCAGGUCUUCGAGUCACUGUAAAGCUGAAUAAAAAACAGAGUGAAGAAAGCAAAGUGUACAAAGGUACGGUGGUGGCUCCUCAUGUGCCACGGACUGAAGGCGGACUCUACUGGGGAUACACCGUACGGCUAGCAUCAUGUCUAAGUGCAGUAUUUACCGAAAGUCCGUACAAGGAUGGAUAUGAUCUCACUAUCGGCACAUCUGAACGGGGACGCAGUUUGGACCAGACCCCUCUCACGCCUUUCAAACAUCUCUUGGUGGUUUUUGGCGGCGUUCAGGGAUUAGAAGCAAGUUUAGACGCCGACCAGAACUUGGACGUGACGGAUCCGAGCGUGUUAUUUGAUCUCUAUCUGAACACAUGUCCAGGUCAAGGCAGCAGGACCAUACGGACAGAGGAGGCGAUGCUGAUUUCCAUGGCGUGUCUGAGGCCGAAGAUUAAUGCUGCUUUCUCCAAUAAUACUCAUGAAAUAUUAAAAGAACAUUGA